UGAGACGAGCGGUCGGACUCAUAUUUACGUAACUAACCGCGGAAGUGUAGUAGAGGUCGCUACAUGCAAGCAUGGGUUUUCACUUGUCAAUAGGAAACACUGCAGCUGAGUGAUACUUUGGUAAUAUUUAAAUUCGCAUGAAACGACGGAAGUCUGAAUGGAAAGCGUUUGGGGAAAAAUGUCAUGAGGAGUGAAGAGAUGCUGCGCCUUUUUCAGUGUGUAGGCUGUGUGACAGCUGUUGCUAGUUAGCUGAUUUCUGAUUUCUCCAAGCUUCUUCCUAAGCUGUUAAAGACAGACUGCCAGGCUGAUGACAGACAUCAGCAGACUGACACAUCUACAAACGAGCAUGCUUUUAAUUUGUAGGUUGUUGCUGAUACAAGGGGAUAUCACAGUUACAUAGGCUCGGGUUCAGCUGGCAGCUAGACCUCAUCACCAUGACUCUGUCAGACCUGCUGAGCGGGCUGAAGGACAACCCUUACUUCGGGGCUGGAUUUGGCCUGGUAGGGGUUGGGACAGCGUUGGCCCUGGCCAGGAAAGGAGCCCAGGUGGGGAUGAUCUUCUUCCGCAGGCACUACAUGAUCACCCUGGAGGUCCCCAGCAGGGAUAAGAGCUACCACUGGCUGCUGAGCUGGAUCACCAAGCACGCCCGGCACACCCAGCACCUGAGCGUGCAGACCUCCUACUUGGCUCAUGAGAGUGGAAGGAUUCACACACAGUUUGACUUCCACCCAAGUCCUGGGAACCACAUCAUCUGGUAUAAGAGGAAGUGGAUCAGAGUGGAGAGGACCAGAGAGAAGCAGAUGGUGGAUCUGCACACGGGGACACCGUGGGAGUCCGUCACCUUCACCGCUUUAGGCAGAGACAGACAAAUCUUCUUCAAUAUCCUGCAAGAAGCAAGAGAAAUGGCCCUGAAGCAGGAGGAGGGCCGAACAGUGAUGUACACUGCCAUGGGUGCAGAGUGGAGACCUUUCGGGUUUCCACGGCGACGCAGGCCCCUCAGUUCAGUGGUGCUGGAUGUGGGUGUAGCCGAAAGGAUUGUAGACGACGUGAAGGAGUUCAUCGGAAACCCCAAGUGGUACACAGACCGAGGAAUCCCCUACAGAAGAGGCUAUCUGCUGUACGGACCGCCAGGCUGUGGGAAGAGCAGCUUCAUCACGGCGCUGGCAGGCGAGCUGGGCUACAGCAUCUGCCUGAUGAGUCUGAGCGACCGAACCCUUUCAGACGACCGUCUGAACCACCUGCUGAGCGUGGCGCCGCAGCAGAGCAUCAUCCUGCUGGAGGACGUAGAUGCAGCCUUUGUGAGCCGAGAGCUGCUCCCCACAGAGAACCCUCUGGCGUUCCAGGGAAUGGGAAGGCUGACCUUCAGUGGGCUGCUCAAUGCUCUGGAUGGAGUGGCCUCAUCUGAAGCCAGAAUUGUCUUUAUGACCACCAACUUCAUUGACAGGCUGGACGCAGCGCUGAUCAGACCGGGCCGCGUGGAUCUGAAGCAGUACGUUGGCCACUGCACCCACUGGCAGCUCACCCAAAUGUUCCGGCGGUUCUACCCGGCCGAGCCCGUGUCCGAGGCCGAUCGUUUUGCCGAGUGUGUGUUGAUCGUCCACCCUGACAUCAGCGCUGCCCAAGUCCAAGGACAUUUCAUGCUGUACAAGGCGGAUCCUGCAGGCGCUAUAGACAAUAUUGCCAAAAUGAAAGAGUGAGAGGAUUUAAAGUUUGGAGGAAGAUCAACAAAAGAGAGCCACAUGAGGAAGAAACAUAAGUAAAAUUUUCACAUUUCCAAUGGUCCAAUGGUUGCUUUAGUAUUGAUGAAGCAGAAAUGCACUGAUAACAAAUAAAUACGUUUGUGUGAAAA